ACUACAAGUAGGGCACUACAUGUAGGCACUUCUUUCGCUAGGGAAUUCAGGUGUGAUACUCCAUGUCGAGGAGAAAGGUGUGUGGUGUGGAAAUGGCAAACGAAAUCCGAAGUUAUGGUAAAGCAGGGUUGUGUUUCUGGAGUCGAUAUACAUUUUACGGCAAAAAUCGGCUGUCGGACAAAUCAUUUGGGUGCAACGCUAUGCGUCUGCGAGGAUGGCGAUAUGUGUAAUCGAGUAGAACGGACAGAAAAUACCGGCCGACCUCUGCCCGUUAUUCGACUUCAAGUUGUCGAUUGUAUCGGAAAAGUGACGGGAACUGGCCACAUUGGAGCNCGCCGAGAGCAUCCUUGCUCUUCAAACUACUGUCACAUGACAAGGACUGAGUCAUUCUCUGAUGAUUUUCCUCCUGAUGUGCUUACCGUAUAUGACUGUGGUGACAAGGGCGAAUUUGAUUUUGAUUUACGAUUGAAGAACACAAUUGACUUCCCCGGACUGUAUGCCAAUGGUUGCUACCGUAUCCAGUAUCAACCGAAAGAGAGCGUUACUGACUGUUUUUGUUCGAAGAGCCACUGUAAUACCAAAUUGCCUGUUGUACAGGCUGGACCUGUUCGAUGCUAUAUAUCCCAUGGUGCUAGCAAUGAAAGUGUUGUCGAUACUAAUCACUUUUGUUAUGGAGACUACUGUUUUGUACAAAAGCAUGACGGGAAAUUCACAAAAGGUUGUCUCUCAGUGAACGAACGCAACAGUUGGAGCCACUUGAAGAGUGGUCAUCGCCACAUUCUCGGAGUGGACCAAUGGCUGUGUCAGCAUCAUCUGUGCAACCUUGAUCUGUCAAGAGUUGCUCGAGCAACCGCCUCCGGUCGAUCGAUACAUCGAUUCAACAAAGGAACGAGCACAUUUUCUGUCCUCGUAUUAUUAAUGUUGUUCAUUUGUAGUUAUUGUUUUCUAUAG